AUGCCGGGUUUGUUGCGGAGGUUAAUCGUUUUCACCGCGGCCGAGGGGCUGAUUCUCCAGGCCCCGGGAAAUGGUGUGCGAAGUAAUGGACAUAACGAGUCUCCGUGUGUCCGGAUUGACUAUAUGACCGGCAAGAUCUCUGUAUUACCGACUUCUCCGGUGGAAACGUGCGAACGAGAUUCUGGAUUGGAAACUUAUGGGCUUGUUGGGCUCCUGUCUGUUGCGUCGCAUUCCUUUCUGAUCCCAAUCACCCAACGUCAACAAGUGGCGCAAAUCCAAGGCAAGCCGAUCUACACCAUUACCGACGUUGCAGUCAUUCCUACGUCGUCACGAGCCGACGCGAUUCGUGCGAUUGCUCAGGCGAAAGAACAUCUGGCUCAGGGAGACAUAAGCCAUGACGAGACAACUUCGGAAGAGGGCAUAUCGGACGCAGAGACCGAGGGCGGAGACACCGAGGUCAACAGCGCUCCGCCCUCACCAGUCCGGGAGACGUUCCAUUCUCGAGGACGCAGCUUCAAUAGCAUUGCUGAAGAUGUCAUUGGGAAAAAGGUUCGGUUUGGGCGUUUUGCUGCAAACUGGUUGUCGCGAAAGACCCUUGGGCUGCCGGGGCUUGGGACUGUGAACCAGGAUAUGCCCAAAGCGGUUGCUGAGGACGACCCCCUAGAGGAUACAGGGAGCAAUUUGAGUACUCCGAAUACAAACGACAAAGCUUCGGCUCCUGUACCAAGUGAUACUGCUGCGCUGUCGGAGCCACCAGGAGAAUGGUCGCCCUCGAGUCCAAUGGUACAAUUUUUGCCGAAGCUCCUGAAGUAUACUCGACUAUUAUUUGCUUCUCAUAACUUUUUCUUUGCAUAUGAUUAUGACCUCACGCGACAUAUGUCUACUCAGGAAUCUUUCCUCAAGGACCCUCUGCCGCUGCAUAAGGCCGUGGAUGAACUGUAUUUCUGGAAUAAGCAUCUCAUGACGCCUUUAAUUCUGUCCGACGCCCAUCACUUUGUCCUGCCUCUAAUGCAGGGCUUUGUUGGACAGCGGGAAUUUACUGUCGCUACCACAGAGCGCCCGCCCACCGAGACUCACCCAGAGGAAACCAAUUUGUCUGAAGGGCGCAUUUUGGGUGGCAAACAGGAGGGUCAAGACAUUCCCACGGAUAGCCGUCAGCAACAUUUUCUUCUCACUCUAAUAUCGCGACGAUCAGUCAAACGUCCCGGCCUUCGGUAUCUUCGUCGAGGUGUUGAUGAUUAUGGCAACACAGCCAACAGUGUAGAGACGGAGCAAAUACUCUCUGUUCCCGACUGGGAUCCCUCCCGGAAGGUCUACUCCUAUCUCCAAGUGCGCGGGUCCAUUCCGCUAUAUUUCUCCCAAUCGCCAUACGCAUUCAAACCAGUUCCUGUGAUACACCACUCGACGGAGACGAAUCAGCUCGCUUUUGAGCGGCACUUUAGGGAUCUGAGCCGUAGAUAUGGGAAGGUCCAGGCUGUUUCGCUCAUUGACAGGCAGGGUGGUGAGCUGAAACUGGGGGAGCAGUACGAGAAAUACGCUCAGGCCAUGAAUCAGUCGAACGUGAUUGAUGGUGCGCCUCUUGGACUGGAAUGGUUUGACUUCCACAACGAAUGUCGUGGGAUGAAAUUUGAGAACGUGAGCCGGCUUGUAGACCGCCUUGGGUCCAUUUUGAAAGAAUAUGGUGACACGAUCGUUCAAGAUGGCACCGUUCUUCAAAAUCAGUCCGGUAUCAUCCGCACCAACUGCAUGGACUGUCUCGACCGGACCGGUGUUGCACAGUGUGCAUUUGGCCAAUGGGCUUUGGAGAGAGAGCUGAAACAAGAGGGCUUCAAUAUCAGCCUCAGUGGCGACUCAUCAACUCAGUGGUUUAAUACCCUGUGGGCGGACAAUGGAGACGCGAUCUCCAAGCAAUAUUCCUCUACGGCAGCCCUGAAAGGCGACUACACGCGGACGCGGAAGCGUGACUACCGGGGAGCAUUGAACGAUUUUGGACUCACAUUGUCCCGAUAUUACAACAACAUCGUCAACGACUACUUCUCGCAGGCAUGCAUCGACUACUUGCUAGGGAAUGUCUCCACGCAGGUGUUCCAGGAGUUCGCGCUGGAGAUGAAAACUGCCGACCCGGGUAUCUCAGUGCAGAAGCUGCGUCAAAACGCCAUCGACACCAGCUGUCGUAUCGCAAUCAGCGACCAGUCCGAGGAGUUUCUUGGAGGGUGGACGAUGCUGACGCCCCGUCAGCCCAACACGCUGCGCACCCUCCCGUUCGAGGAGGCCGUGCUCCUCCUCACGGAUGCAGCCAUAUACAGCUGCCGCUUCGAUUGGAACACCGAUAAGGUGCUGUCAUUUGAGCGCAUCUCCCUACGCUCUGUCUCCCACAUCAACUACGGCACAUACAUCACUUCGAUUUUGACCGACGCGCAGACUGACGAGCGCAGCAACGUGGGCCUGGUCAUCGAGUAUCGCGAAGGGGACGCAAACAACGCUCUUCGCGUGAACACCCGCUCCCUGCAGAGUAGCGUUGAUGCGGAAACCCUAAAUAGCAACGCGCGUGCCUCCGAUGAGUGGGGUCUGUACUCUUGGUUCCGCGGCCCCUCGCGGUCCACCCCGCGCUUCAUGGCGUUCAAGGCCCUUCCGCUGUCCAGCUCGGUCACUCAGACGAAGAAUGCGGGGGCACCGACUGUUAGUGAGACUGACUGGGUGCGGACGAUCUGUGAGGAGAUUGAACGCGCCAUGACGGCGGGGGAGACGAGAGUGUCUGGCUCAGACGAGAGUGCAUCUGAGGGUGUCUCGUCUGUCGUGCGACAUUCGGACAUCAUUUCACUGGAGGAUGCGAAGAAACGUACAGGGUAUUUGGAGCAUUUGGUAUACGAUAUUAAGAAGAUGGUGUGGGCGUAG